CUUCCGGUGUACUUAACUAACCGGGAAGACAUGGUGGUUCAGAAGCACUAGUAGUAUAAAGUGAUUUUGAUUUUAAUAUUACCAUAUAAAAAAGCUUUAUCAACCACCUGUAAAUAUGGAUUCGCUUUCGUCUGGUUCUUUAACUAGGGACGAGCUUAUGGAACAAAUUAAACAACAAAUUGCCGUUGCAAAUGCACAAGAAUUGCUUACGAAAAUGACAGAAAAAUGCUUUAAAAAGUGUAUAAGCAAGCCGGGUACUGCAUUAGAUACUUCAGAACAGAAAUGCAUAGCAAUGUGUAUGGACCGAUAUAUGGAUGCUUUUAAUCUUGUAUCAAAAGCAUAUAGCGAUCGAUUACAAAAAGAGCGUAACAGAAUGUAAAAGUACAAAUUUUUGAAUAAAUUGUUUUUUUGUUGUAUAUCUUGUAGUUUACUGAACAACGAAAGUAGCAUUUCAACUAUUUUCCAU